GACCAAAGCCAGAAAAUACAUCUCACCUGCAAGGAUUUGAUGUUUGUGUUCUUCACUGCAACUACCCUGGGUCGCCGUGAAUGAAAUCCUCGGAGAAUGGAUGAUGCACAGCAACCCGAGGAUGCUGGCACCCGAGAUAAGGAAACGCGGCUGAUGAUAAGCCGUGUGGUCAAUGAAAAUUUCAAAUCUUAUGCUGGAAAGCAAGAACUGGGACCUUUUCACAAGCGUUUUUCCUCCAUCGUUGGCCCCAAUGGCAGCGGCAAGUCAAACGUCAUCGACGCGCUGCUGUUCGUAUUCGGCUUUCGCGCAUCUAAGAUCCGCAGCCAGAAGGUGUCGUCGCUGAUCCACAACUCUGACCAGCACCGCAAUGUGCCCAGCUGCACGGUCAGCGUUCACUUCCAGAAGAUCGUAGACUAUCCGGGCGAGGAGUAUGACGUGGUGCCAAACAGCCAGUUUGUCGUGUCUCGCACUGCUUACCGCGACAAUAGCUCCAGCUAUCACGUCAACGGAAAGAAGGUCACCUUCAAGGAGGUGACAGCGCUGCUACGCAAGAGUGGCAUCGAUCUCGACCACAACCGUUUUCUAAUCUUGCAGGGUGAAGUAGAACAAAUCGCCAUGAUGAAGCCCAAAGCUCCCAAUGAGCAUGAAGACGGCAUGUUGGAGUACUUGGAGGACAUCGUUGGCUCCAGCCGCUUCAAGGAGCCAAUUGAAGAGCUCUCGAAGCAAGUUGACGAGCUGAAUGAGCAGCGCGGUGAGAAGCUGAAUCGGGUGAAGGCCGUUGAGAAGGAGAAAGACAGCCUGGAGGGUCCGAAAGAUGAAGCUGUGCAGUUCUUGGUGGACGAGAAUGAAAAGAGUUACUUGUCGCAUCGCCUCUUCCAGCAUAAGCUCUUUAAGUGCAAAGCCAAGGAAGCCACAUCUAGGGAGCAGGCAUCCGCGGGAAAAGAAUCGCUUGCUGCAGUGGACAAGGAGCUCUCCGAGCAUUCAGAUACGAUGAAAGUCAAGACAAAGGCGCUGAAGAAGGAAGAGCAGCGCUUGGGUAAGUGUCAAGCCGCUGCCGAAGCGGCGCAGAACGCCUUUGCAGAGUUUGAACGCCAGGACGUCCGUCUUCAGGAGGAUUUGAAACAUGCACGGGAGAAGCCAGGAAAACUCCAGAAGCAGCUUCAAAAGGAGCGCAAGAAGGUAGCAGAGCUGACAGCUGUCCCCGAGAAGAAUACCAAGGAACUGGAAAUCCUUGCCGACCAGAAGAAGCAACUGGAGGCCAAGAAGAAAAAGGAAGAAGAGAAGAUGACUGAAGUUAUGGCAGGUCUCAGGUCGGCAACAGAGGGUCUACAGUCGGAGAAGGAGGAGAAGGAAAAGAGUUUGGUGGUGGUGAUGAAAACUGUGAAUGAAGCCAAGUCAAAGAUGGAUAUUGCCAAGACAGAGCUUGAGUUAUAUCAGGAAAGGAUUGACCGGCACGGCAAGCUGCUGCAAAAAGCGCAAACCUCUCUACAAGAGGCCAAGGAUACGGCUGCAGCUAAGGAGACCGAAAUUGCGGAUCUGAAGAAAAGUCUUCCCAAAGCCGAAAAAAGCCUGGGCACAUGUCAAGAGGAGGUGAAAGCGGUCAUAGUACAGGAACGUGAAGUCAUGGAGAAGCUGCGUAUCUGCCAGGUCAAUGUGCAAGGUACACGGCAAGGCAUGGAGGCAAACCGUUGUCGUGGUAAACUUCUAGAUCACCUCAUGAACGAGAAGAAGAGCGGUCGGAUUCCAGGCAUCUAUGGGCGAUUGGGCGAUCUGGGUGCUAUUGAUGACUGCUACGAUGUGGCGAUCAGCACCGCGUGUGGCCCGCUGGACAACAUUGUCGUCGACACCAUGGAGACCGCACAGCAGUGUGUAGCUUUCCUGAAGAGCAACAACCUGGGCCUGGCAACAUUCAUCGGCAUGGACAAGAUGGAGAGGCUGCGGAAGGCUGCUGAAUCGAAGAUAUCGACGCCGGAGAACACACCGCGCUUGUUUGAUCUCGUCAAGGUGAAAGAUGCCAGGUUCUCAACUGUAUUCUACUAUGCAUUGCAAGACACCUUGGUUGCUGACAAUAUGGAGAAAGCAUCUCGGCUUGCCUUCAAGGGCACCAGGCGCUGGCGUGUGGUCACUCUGGAUGGCAAGCUUAUCGAGCAAUCUGGUGCCAUGUCUGGCGGCGGCAGUCGGGUGUCUAAAGGCCGCAUGAAGAGCUCAAUUCCGAGUGACGUAUCGCCUGCUGAGCUGAAGGCCAUGGAGACGGAACUGGCGCAGCUGGAGAAGAAAGCUCCGGCGCUGACUGCUUGCCACCACGAGUUGGUGGAGAAAAUCAAGGUCCUGACCAAGGAAGUCAAGGACAUGUCACUGCAAAUGCAGGUCGCCGAGCAAGAUAUUAAGGCCAAGGCCAGACUGCAGACUGAGCUACAGAAGCAGAUAGGCAAGUUGCAGAAGGAGGCGGCGGAGAUGAAGCCCAGCGAUGAUGACACCCAACACGUCAAGGAGCUGCAGGCUGCCUUCAAUGUGGCCGAGAAAGGCUGGAAGAAGGAAGCUGAUGCAGCCAAGUCCAUUGAAAUGGAGGUGCAAAAGAUUCAUCAGAAGAUCGUCGCCAUCAGUGGUGGUCGCAUGAAGGAGCAGCAAGACAAACUGGACAAGUCCAGUAAAGAGCUGGAUGCUUGCAGCAGCAGCAUUACUAAGGCUAAGGUUGGAAUCAAAACAGCAGAGCGAAACUUGACUGCCGCAAAGAAAAAGGUCACAAACAUGGAGACUGAACUUGCAGACAAUGACAAUGAGAUCAAGCGAAUUGAGGAAGAGAUUGGAAAGCUGGAAGAAGAUGCUCAGGGUGUGAUGGAUGACCAGGAGCAAGCUAAGAGUGCGGCUGCAACGCAAGUAACAGUGGUGAAGGAGCUGGCGGCGGAGCUGGCCAAGUACGAUGAGACUUUAGUUGGUCUUCGGAGUCGUCAGCUGGACCUGAAACAUGAGCACGAGCGAGUGGAUGCCGUGUGGAAAGAGAACUUGCAGAAAGUCAAACACUGGCAGAAAGAGCUCAAGAAACUUCAACUCCACGAUCUAGCCGGCUUGUUGCCAAAGGAGUCUGACCGAUCAUCGACCACUUCCCAAUCAUCUCAGCAUCCUGAUGGCAGUACGGUGGUGGCUAUGGAUGUGGAACAGGCAGACGGGGCUCAGUCCGGCAGUGAAGAGGCGACGGCUGGCGACAGUGCUCCUCCGGAGACGGCGAAGCAAUUCUACGACGUCGCCGAGGACGAGGAUCAGAACACAGACUGGGAGAAGAUCCAGAACCAGAUCAUCAUUAUCGAGGAGCGUUUGGCGCAGCAGAAGCCCAGCAUGAGUGCCAUUGAGCGCUUCCAGGAGAAGGAACGCCUCUAUAUGGAACGUGUCAAGGAGCUGGAUGCAAUCACUGCUGACCGUGAUGGCAAGCGUAACGAGUUUGAGGCACUGCGCAAGGAGCGCCUCGACACUUUCAUGAGUGGCUUCACCAUCAUCACGACCAAACUCAAGGAAAUGUACCAGAUGAUCACACUGGGUGGUGAUGCCGAGCUGGAGCUUGUUGACAGCCUGGACCCGUUCUCCGAGGGCAUUGUCUUCAGCGUGCGCCCGCCGAAGAAGAGCUGGAAGAACAUCUCCAACCUGUCCGGCGGGGAGAAGACGCUCAGCUCUCUGGCGCUGGUGUUUGCCCUGCAUCACUUCAAGCCAACGCCGCUAUACGUCAUGGAUGAGAUCGAUGCUGCGCUCGACUUCAAGAAUGUCUCUAUUGUGGCAAAUUACAUCAAGGAGCGUACCAAGAACGCCCAGUUUAUCAUCAUCAGCUUGCGGAACAACAUGUUUGAGCUGGCUGAUCGUUUGGUCGGCAUCUACAAGACCAGCAACUGUACCAAGAGUGUGGCACUGGAUCCCCAUCGCCUCUGUGACCCAUCCACAGCCUGAUUCAUAUUGUGCAUUGCCAGCGCAGCUCAUGCUCUAUUCUAUUCAACUCCAUCUACCGUCGCCUAACACUAACCGCUACCUCGCAUCCAACAUCAUAGUCCACAAGAAAGAAAACCGGAUUUGAUCUUCAUGAAACAACACUGCUUCGAUUGAUAGUAUCAUACUUUGUGAGCGCACCGCUCAUCUUUGCUAUUUCUCUGCUUUGCUAUGCCGUGCUGCUUGCCGCUUCACUUGUCCUACUACAUAUGUGCUCAAUAUCACACACAGCAGAGACGGAGAGUAGCUUGGCUAAGGAAUAGUGUGAGCAGGUGAAAUUUCGCCUCCUGAACAGAAGCACGGGGCUUCGUUCACUGCACAGUCCAGUGUCGCUAUUGCUGGCAUCUGUGAUGGCCGGAGUUCUAUUCACGAGGCUGCGCCGUUCCAUUUGCCACCACUGCACGUGUACAAUCAUGCACUCAGUGCAGUCUCUUUGUAUCAUGUAUCAUGUUAUGUUCGCCAAGGACCAUCAUGCUGGAGAAGGUAUUCGAUGCUCGUGUUAUGUCAAUCCACUUCUAUUUUCACAUUUUUUCUUGUGUUGAUCACAAGAAUUCAAUCAUUCCCACUCAUGCUAUGCUGUACACAAUGCAAUUAUAAAGUAACGUUAGUUGUUGGAGACAACUGCCUUACAUAAUAUACUCAUGAUCAUGUAGCCGCCUGGCUUGCACAUUGUCAGGCUAGAAAACAGGGAGUAAACUCUCUGUGGCUGA